AUGUUCUUUGUUACAGAAGAAGAAGAGGAACAGGUGCCGACCGAUGGCGGUACAUCUGCAGAGGCCAUGCAGGUGCCACUGGAAGAAGAGGGAGAUAUGGAAGAGGAUGAGGCAAUUAAUGAUGAGAACUACUUGAGCAAGAGACCAUUAGAAAGUCCUGAUACUGAGGAAUUUCCACCUGUGAAACGACCAAAACUAUCUGUUUCUAAAGGGGACUCCUUGGAUGGAGCUUUGGAGCCACGUGAGCCUCUUAGCUCAAUAAAUACUCAAAAAGUACCACCAAUGCUUUCUCCAGUUCACGUUCAGGACAGUGCAGACUUAGCCCCUCCUUCACCAGAACCACCGAUGUUGGCUCCCAUUGCAAAAUCACAAGUGCCAACCCCCAAAACUUUAGAGGCAAAGCCGUUUGUACCCAAAACAAAGUCCAAAACAAGUUCUCCAGGACAAAAGACAAAAUCACCUAAAACUACACCCUCGCCAGUGGUAACUGGAAGUCCCAUACGUUCACCAAAAACUGGAUCCAAAGAAAAAAAGUCACCGUGUCGCGCCAAGAGCCCAAAAAGCCCUAAAAGUCCAAAAGUUCCUGCUCAUGUUCCCCAACCACCUGUCAAGCUUGAAACACCGUGUAGAACCCCUCUGGCUGCACUAAGUGACAAGAUAGGAAAGGAAAACAUUCAAGUAAAACAAGAACAGACAUCACCUGAGCCUGUCACCAAGCCAAAUAUUGAAAACCAGACUAAGAAAGUACCAGUAAUGGACAAGACAAUUGAUGACUCAAUCGAUGCUGUCAUUGCUCGUGCAUGUGCAGAACGAGAACCAGAUCCCUUUGAGUUUUCCUCUGGUUCUGAAUCAGAAGGGGAAAUUUUUACCAGUCCUAAAAGACUUUCUAUUUCAGAGACUACAACCCCUAAACCUUCUGUUUCUGCCAAUAAUGCUAAUAAGGCAGGAGCAACGCCAAUACCUCCCUCAGGUGGGACCUCAAGUUCAGACAUUUCAUGGACAAUGGAUGACUCAAUUGAUGAGGUCAUCCGAAAGGCAAACAUGGGGACACCUUCUAAUCCACCUACCAACUUCACUUAUUUCUCCUCUCCUUCUGCUUCACCACCCACGCCAGAACCUCUUCUCAAAGUCUACGAGGAGAAAACCAAGUUGGCUUCAUCGGUAGAAGUGAAAAAGAAAUUGAAAAAAGAGCUGAAGACAAAAAUGAAGAAGAAAGAAAAACAAAAGGAAAAAGAUAAAGAGAAAAACAAGGAGAAAAAUAAAGAAAAGGAAAAGAACAAGGAGAAGGAUAAAGACAAGGAAGGAAACAAGGAGGCAAAGUUUCAGUGGAAGGAACUACUCAAAGAUGAUGAUCUUGAUCCUUAUAAAUUCAAACUAAAGGACUUUGAUGAUGCUGACACAAAAGUGAAGUUGAAAGAUGGCAAUACCAAGAAAGAGAGAGAAAAACAUAAAGAUAAAAAGAAGGAGAAAGAGAAAGGCAAAAAAGACAAGGACAAGAAGGACAAAGAAAAACUUAAAGAUAAGGGUAAGGAAGAUAAGGUAAAGACUCCAUCAACACCUCUUGUGAUACCUCCCAAAGAAAUGUCUUUGCCCUUGUUCAGCACACCAACUGCCAUGAGGCUUCCCACUGUGUUACCUUCCUUGUCUCCAAUGCUUCCUGAAAAACUGUUUGAGGACAAAGAGAAACCAAAAGAAAAGAAAAAAGACAAAAAAGAGAAGAAGAAAAAGAAAGAAAGGGAGAAGGACAAAGAAAAGGAAAAGAAGGAGAAGGAAAGGGAGAGGAAAGAAAGAGAAAAGAAAGAAAAAGAAAAAGAGAAACACAAACAUGAAAAGAUAAAGGUGGAACCAGUUGUUCCAGCUCCAUCACCGGUUAUUCCUCGGCUGACUUUAAGAGUGGGUGCAGGCCAAGACAAGAUAGUCAUCAGCAAAGUGGUACCAGCUCCAGAGGCCAAACCUUCUACUCCUGUGAGCCGGCCCAAAACACCUCCGCCCGUGCCGUCACCGGUCCCAGCUCCUGUUCAUGUCACCCCUCCUCCAGCUCCAGCUCCUCCUCCUCCACAGGCUACUGUCUCACCAGUCCUGAUCCCAUCACCCUCUCCAGCUGUCUCGGCAGCAGGAGGCUCCAAAGCUCCGGUUAGGAGCGUGGUGACCGAGACCGUCAGUACUUAUGUGAUCCGAGAUGAGUGGGGUAACCAGAUCUGGAUCUGUCCUGGCUGUAACAAGCCAGAUGAUGGCAGUCCAAUGAUAGGUUGUGAUGACUGCGAUGAUUGGUAUCACUGGCCUUGCGUUGGGAUUACGACCGCACCCCCAGAAGAGAUACAAUGGUUCUGCUCCAAGUGUGCCAACAAAAAGAAGGAUAAAAAACACAAGAAGAGGAAGCACAGGGCGCACUGAAGACUUCUUCAGCGGACUGAAGUCGUGCUGUCGCCGUGGCACCUUCUGCCCUGACUCGGUUGCAGGGGGGAUCCAGCCUGCUCGUGUCUCACCCUCCUCACCGGCUGUUAGGGUUACGGCUGGAGGGAAUCGGGGGCGAGGAGAUGCUCUCUGUCAGGGACUGAUGCGUUUCGCAGACCAUCCGAGCCCGGGGGGUUGGAUUUUGGUACAUCCUGAUGCUGUCUUUCACCUACCGAGGGAAAUUUGCACAGCACACUAUGAAGACUUCGGUAGUUCAUGGUACCGCUCCCGCUCCUGUGGCUCGGCAGCAACAAAGAUGAAUGUUGUAAAUACAUCUAUCUGUCCUAUUCUUUCUCAAUUUGUUAUUAUUCCCUCUUGGACCUUUGCAGUAAGGUGCUGAGAGGAGGAGAAAAUGUAAAUUGCAGUAAGUUGUAAACUGAGGAGACCUUCUGGAAUGAUUUCUGUAGUCGGGAUACAGUUCAGCCUCGACUCCUGCUGAGCCAGAUAAUCAUAAUGUGGAAAUAAAAAGUGGCUGGUAAAUAUUUUUGUGAUGAGAAUAUAUGAAGCUUUUUUCCUUGAUUUUUAGUACUAACAUGAAAUAAAACACAUUCAAGCUUUUGUGAUA